AUGGGACAAUGGGAGAUUGUUGAAGAGAAAGAGUACUAUGACGAUCUGUCGACAGAACUCGAAUUAGCAGACGAUGAUGAUCCUCCCACUCUCUACAAGAUUGGAGAAUCGUUCUUCCAUCUACCGCUGAGAGACGCCAGGAGGCAGCUGAAGAAGGAUAUGAAGCGGUAUGAGACGGAUAUCGAGGGCUUGGAGGCGAGGGCUGAGGAAUGUGAGAAGGGUAUGAAGGAGCUGAAAGUACAUCUGUACGCCAAGUUUGGAAAGCAGAUCAAUCUCGAAACAACACCUUAG